AUUCGGUCAUCCUUUUUUUCUGAACAACUUUUCUUUGCAAGAAUUCUACGAAAGUUUUUUUAACAAUGUCUUUUUCUUAUACCCGAACCUUAUUGUCAGGAUCAGUAAUCUCGACUUUGGAGGGAGAUAAACUUAUUCUUCCACCUUUUGUUCUCGAAGAGAUAUUACGUGCGGCUAGCAAUAAUUCACAUAACGAUUUUUCGGAAGCACAACUUCCUUAUCCAAUUACUUUCCAAAUAUCUAAUCCAAGAACACAAUUAAUAACUCAUGGAGGUGUCUUGGAAUUUAAUGCAAGUGAUGAUAAGGUCUAUUUACCAGAAUGGAUGUAUAAUUCACUCUCACUCGACGAAGGUGCGGAAGUGACAAUCCGAUUAAAAGAGCUACCAAAAGGAACAUGGGUAAAAUUUCGCCCGAUGAAUUCUGAAUAUAAAAAAAUAAAAGAUUAUAGAGCUGCUUUUGAGGGAUAUCUACGUUCACAUUAUGCUACUUUGACUACAGGAGAAAUUCUUACAAUAAAGCAAGCAAAUUCCUCUUAUCAGUUUGUGGUAGACUCAUUAAAACCUGCUAAUGCUGUACAAGUUGUGGAUACAGAUUUAGAGGUUGAAAUAUCACCGCUUGCUGGAGAAGAAGCUUCUCUAAGUAUUGAUGAAGACAUUCAUGUUGGACAAACUGUACAAGGUAUCAUUCAAAAGAAUGAUUAUGCUUACUUCAAUUUGACGAAUAUUGACAAAUCGCAUGGAUUAAAUAUCGUGCUAAACAUUAAGGGAGGAGAUGCAGCAGAUCUCCUUGUGUCCAACGUUCAGUAUCCCAAAGAUGAUGACCACAUUUGGUCAAAUUUCUCAUCUGAGCCUAAAAAAUCCAUAUUUAUCGCGCCCACAAAUUAUGAAUAUGCUACUAAAGAUGAUAUCCAUAUUGGGGUACAUGGGUAUAGUGAUUUAAAUUCUUACGAGUUAACGGUAACCUAUUCUGACCAACAAUUAACUAAGCCGGAGCCCUCGUUGGAAACCGUUAACGAUGCGAAUGAAAAUGCUCCUGGAUAUGCUCAAUGUAGUAAUUGUGGAAAUUGGAUUCCAGAAAGAACAAUCGUUUUGCAUUCAAAUUUCUGUGAAAGAAAUAACAUAAAGUGUAAUUUAUGUGGGAAAAUAAUGAAAAAAGGAGAAGAUAAAAGUCAUUGGCAUUGUUCUAAAUGUGAUAAGAUUGGUGAUAUUUCAGAGCAAGCAAAACACGAAGUUAUCUUUCAUACAGAACGUAAAUGUUCUUGUGGAUUUGUAACAGAAUCAUUACCGGAUUUAGCGUUACAUAGACGAACAACAUGCCCGGAUAAACUUGUAAUAUGUAGAUUUUGUUCCAAUUUAGUUAAACAAGGAGAACUCUCAACCAAUCAAAAUGAUAUGUUGGAAGGUUUAGCUUCCCAUGAAUCAUAUUGUGGAGGUAGAACCAUCACAUGCGUAAAAUGUAAAAAGGCUGUUAUAUUAAAAAACGUUGCAGCCCAUAUGAAAAUGCACGAAGUCGAAAAACAAAAUCAAAGAUUGCCACCACUUUGUAGAAAUGCUAAUUGUGCGAGAAAUGCGGCAGUCAAUUCAUUAAGAUUAUGUACAGUUUGUUUUGGGCCUUUCUGGUCACCGACAGCAGAUCCAACAAAAAAGAUGUUAUUUACAAGAGUGGCAAGAAAAUACCAUCAACAGUUAACUGUUGGAUGCAAAAAUUCUUGGUGCAAAAAUGAGUUUUGUGCUACAGGUAAUUUACAGCCAAAAGAUGCUACAACAGCAGCAACCACAUUAAUUCCACUUUUGCAACAAGUUCAAUCAUCCAAUUCAGCACCUAUGUAUCUUUGUGUGGAUGAAAAUACAAUGAAAAAGCGUUUACUUGCAAAUCUUUUAUAUAAGGGAGAUAUUGAGGGAGAAUUUUCUAUUGAAUUUUGUAUUAAAGCAAUAGAAGUUGAAAAUGGAGAUUUAGUUAAAGCAAGGGAAUGGUUAAUAUCUAAUGCACCUAAUAACUUUUUAAGAAAUUAAUAAUUUUAUAAUGUUUUUGCUAAAAUAUUUUAUAGUACUUUUUGAAAAAU